AUGGAUGAUUCUUUUGAUGUUUGGGAAGAAAUGGGGGUAUACAGCUCAGAUAAAGACGCGUUUUUGGGAGUAUUUGGCUUCCCAAAUUGCCUCAAAUUGCGGGAAGACAAAGACACGAGGUUGGAGACAAACUGCAAUUUCAAGAGCCUUGUUUGUAGCAAUUUUGUUGAAGCUGAUUUAGAAGAGAGAUUUGGUUUUGAGGUUCAAUUCGACUACGGUGGAAGUGGUGCACAUCAAGAAUUCAUCAAGUUGAAGACUUUUUCAGCUCUAAUUCAUCUGGGUGUCGCGAUUGUUUGGUGCUGA